AUGUCAACUGUCAAUGACACCAACUUCAACUCUGCAGUGUUCCUUCUCACCGGCAUACCUGGGCAGGAAGACGCCUAUCUCUGGAUUUCUAUCCUCUUCUGCUUAAUUUAUGUUAUUUUGAUAGCAGGAAAUUCAGUCAUUCUGUUCAUUACAAAAAUAGAUCCAAGCCUGCAUGAGCCCAUGUACAUUUUCCUUUCCAUGUUGGCCAUCACAGACCUUGGCAUAUCGAUAGCCACCAUACCGACGAUACUGGGCAUAUUCUUGUUCAACUCUAGGGAGAUCAGCCUCAAUGCCUGUUUUGCCCAGUUGUUCUUCAUCCACUUGCUUCAAUUAAUUGAAUCCUCUGUGCUCUUGUUGAUGGCCUUUGACCGCUUCGUCGCAAUCUGUAACCCACUGAGAUAUGCUUCCAUCUUAACCCUGCCGAGAAUAGCCAAGAUGGGACUGGUGUGUGUGCUAAGGGGGGUGGCCAUGAUAGUUCCACUCCCCCUUCUCCUGAAACGGUACCAAUACUGUCAAGCCAAUGUCCUCUCCCAUUCCUACUGCCUGCACCAGGAGGUCAUGAAGUUGGCUUGUUCGGAUAUCACAGUCAACAGCAUCUAUGGCUUGUCUGCUUCACUCUUAACGUUGGGGUUGGAUUCGCUGCUUAUCUUCUUCUCUUAUGUGAUGAUCUUCAAAACAGUGUUGAGUGUCGCAUCAAAGGUGGAGAGUCUCAGAGCCCUGAAAACCUGUAUUUCCCACCUCUGCAUCGUCCUGCUCUUCUACAUACCAGAGAUCAGCUUGUCUGUGAUACACAGAUUUGGGAAGGGCUCUUCUCACUUGCUUCAGUUUGUCCUGGGCUAUAUCAAUCUGCUGGUCCCACCCCUGAUGAACCCAAUUGUGUACAGCAUGAAAAGCAAACACCUUCGUGCAAGGAUAAUCAGGUUGUUCAUCAAGUGA